UAUGCAUGGGGAUAUUGCUUUGUCAAUGAAAUAAACCAAGAUGUGUAUUGUUCUUCCAACCAAUAUCCAUGCGCUGCUGGCAAGAAAUAUUACGGCAGAGGACCCAUCCAACUCACCCACAACUACAACUAUGCUCAAGCGGGUCAAGCACUAGGACAGGAUCUGAUAAACAACCCAGAUCUAGUGGCUACAGACCCGGUUGUGUCAUUCAGGACAGCUAUAUGGUUUUGGAUGACUCCACAGAGCAACAAGCCAUCAAGCCAUGAUGUCAUCACUGGUACGUGGAGCCCAUCUAGUGCAGACACGUCAGCGGGUCGAGUUCCCGGGUAUGGAGUGAUCACCAACAUCAUCAAUGGAGGGCUUGAAUGUGGCAAGGGUCAGGACGAUAGGGUUGCUAGUCGGAUUGGAUUCUACAGAAGGUACUGUGAGAUAUUGGGAGUGAGUCCGGGGGACAACUUGGAUUGUUACAAUCAAAGGCCUUUUGCCCAAUAAAGUGACUAUAAUCCCAUGUACCAAAUAAAAUGCAAUAAUAAUCUUGUUUCUAUUUUCAUAGAAAAAGCUCCCUAGUUAUUGGUUUUAUUGCGACAUUGUGAAGAAGAGAAUCGAUCUCAAGAACUUAGUUCUCGUUGUAAAAGCAAAUCACUUAACCUUAUACUACUAUUAAGAAACUCUCUAAA